GGCAGCAGGACAGAGAGCCGACAGUACUGUCGGGCGUUAAAUUAGUCGUGUCGUAGUUUCAGUGUACGAGGAAACCUUCCUCGUACCUCGAUUAGGAGAGAAAUAUCGUGCUUUUCUUCUAGUGUGGCCACUUCAACGAAGCUCAGAAAGUGGCAAUGGCCACUUUUGACUUCACAGAUUAUGCCGCCCGGUGGUGGGAAGAGCUGCAAUGUCGGCGGCAGCAAAAUCAGCGAAACCCAGUGGCGACGUGGGAGGAACUACGAGGAUUAAUGAGAGAAAAAUUUGUUCCUGCCAACCAUAAGAGGGAACUCUACGAAUUCCUACAAGGAAUUAGACAUGGAGUUCGAAGCAUGGAAGAAUUUUUUAGGGAGCUCGAAUUGUUGAUGAUGUGUGCCGACGUCAGGGAAGACCGCGAAGUGACGAUCGCUCGUUUUCUCCAUGGCCUGAAUCGAGAUAUUAGACAAGAGGUCGAUUUGCGGUCUUUUGUGGACCUAGAGGAGGUUCUUCACCUUGCCAUCAAGGUCGAAAAGCAGCAUAAGUCUUUAAGAAGACCUGCUCCGACUAGAAAACCGGCGGCAGAGUCUAACGCCGACGCCAAUACCCAGCAAGUUCGACCUGAACCUGCAAAAUUGGUUCCCAGAAAUACGAAUUCGGCUCCUCUAGAGCGAAGUGGGGGGAUCCAAUGCUUUAAAUGCCAUGGUCGAGGGCAUAAAGCGAAUCAAUGUCCCAAUAUGAAGACAUUGAUUGUCAGAGACGAUCUAUAUCUCACCGAUGAUGAGCAUAAUUCCGAUGAUAGUGACGUCGACGAAAAGCUCGAAGUAGAACCAGCACUAGGGAAGCUCUCGUAUCAAUAAAUUUGAUUUGCAGAUCCUUAAAUUGAAAAUGCCCAAAUCGAAUUUGAGCGAGCUCAGGCUUGGAGUUUUGAACUUUGGCGAUGGCGGGAAACAGAAGCGGGACGAUGCGAUGAUGAAUUCGACGAUUCGAGGCACGAGACCCCUCCAGAACUUUGAUUCACCGUCAGACGAUCCUAAUGGAUUCCCUGAAUUGUUAUGUAGAUCCUUGGAAUCAAAAGCCCCAAUUUCGAGCAUGAUGAACAGUGUAGCCAUUUCCCAGAAUUGGCAGUUCGCGCAGCCCUUUUUAGAUCCUGUCUGGGAACAAUUUUGCAAGAGGUUUGAGUAGUGGAGGAUCCAAGUGUUGAGGGAACCACUUUUUCAAGAGAGGGGGCCUGAUAUGAUCUCAAUUGAGUCAGUACACAGGUUAGGGUUGAAUGUCCAAGAAGGAAACUCAAGUAUGGGAAAGAACCCUGAAAUUUGGUUAAGUCCUUUUUCCAUCUUCAAGGUACCAUGUUUGCACAUCGAGAAAUUUUUAUUGGUUUAAUAAAAAUUCUAGUUUAAGGUCUUGUUUUGAAGAGGAAGGGUUUAUCUUACCAUUGAUGUGCUUCGGAGUUCAAGAGGAGGCCUAGAAGAGUGAUUUCCAGGUCAACCAAGUUGCUGGCUGAACACAGGAAGAACUGCCAGAAUAUUCAAAGUGUUGGAGCGAGUUCGAGGAAGCAUCAUUGGAGUUUCAGUUGGGACGAUGGAAGGAGAGUCGAGACUCGAGGGUUGGCAUCCAUGAAAUACACGAUUUUUUCUACAACAACGUGGAAUCGGUUGAAGAGUUGGACCACUGGAAGUGCUCGAACGAGAAGCCUCAAGAUCCCCUUGAGCCAGUUGAUUCUGCCACUAGAAUCCGAAUCCUAGUCGGAUUAGGAUUAGUGACCAGUUCGAUUUAAUUACCCUUUUGAAGUGGGAUUUAUAUUCCUUUUUGAGUUGUAACUUGUUUUGGAUGUUAAUUACUUGCGUUGUAAGUUUAGUUAGCCUAUUUAAACCUAGAUUUUAUCGCCAUAGUCUUUGUCUGUGGAAAUUGGAGAUCAUCCUAGGGUUCUCUAGGCUUGAUCUUGAGCUUGUAUCGUCCAGGUAUUCACCAUGUUCGUGGCCAAGCCUCUACCUAAGUCUCCGAGCCUCAUUCCCUACGAGAAAGUUGCACGAAAUUCACCAUCCCAAACACGAACUCAAACCUCUGUUUGCGUUCCGAAUUUCUAGAAGUUGGAUUCAAUCAAAGAUUGAAUCAUUGCUGAGCAACUUUGCACCAAACCUCCUCUUCAGGUGGUUAUCAUGGCAUGGAGUACCACCCACAACUCGUCUAGUCUCUUGAUAAACAACCAAGCAAGCUUGGUAAGAAAUGCUAAGUUGAGCUCGUAUGCCUUUCGAAGCCCUAGGCCCCCUUGUUUUUUUUUUUUGUCUGCAGACUACCUCCCAAUGCACGAGAUGCAUCUUAAACUGUGUCCUCGAGGAUCCCCAAAUGAAACUUCGUAUCCUACUAUCUAUCUCGUCGCAGAUGGAAAUCGGUAGCAAUGUAGAUUACAUGGCGUACGUUGGCAAGGUAUUGAGAACUGAAGCCGCCAAGGUUACUCGACCUGCAAUGGAAAAGUUUUCUGCUUUCCAUCCAGAAAGUUUAUUGUCCAUGCGAUUAAGAAUAUAUGACUCACUUCUACUGUCACCCUAGGAAUUGGCCAAGUGGAACCACUUCCUAAAGCGUAGUAUAGCGGGUUUAGGUUUAAUUAUCAACCCGGGUCCUAGAUCUGAUGACUACUCAGUGAAUUCUUGUUAUCUAGCAAUGAAACUGGAAUGCAAGU